GGGCGAAGUGACGUCACCGCUCGCUUGCAAGAUGGCGGCGCUGUUUGUUGACACUCCACCAGAGAGAAGAAUGUAGAAGUUUUUGUUUAUUUUGAGUCUAAAGUUGCCUAAAUGUUAAGGCAGCAAGACUGUGGCGCAGCGCAGAUUGGCUGUGACCCGAGCCAGGGAGAAGGUGAGAGCUGGAGCAACGCUAGCGCAUGGGGGACGGCUCACACAACAAAAUCAUGUUCCACCGCUUCCACGACCUGAAGACUGGACAGGACCCUGACAUAAUGCAGAGUGGAAGCCGCAGCAGUACGCCAGCCAGUGCUCUUGAUGGAAGAGCUAUGUUCCCACAUCCAUCUGCAGUCCCAGGACAACAGAAUUUACCAGCAUCCUACCCAAGCAUCUCCAGCCCUAGUACAAGCCUUAUGUCCCAGAGUGCGCAGCUCAUGGCAUUAGGACAUAACAUGAUGUUCCCAGGCUCAAAGUUUAUGACUGGAGCACCACCAGAAGCUCAUAGGUAUCUUCCAGAAUCAUAUAGAUUGGCUGCCGAGACACUUGAUCAAAGUCGCUAUGCAAUUGAUAGUCAGAGAAUGUCUGCUGACCCAUACAGACAGUCUAGUGAGCCACAGCGUCUGCCAUCAGAUCUGCAACGCAUAAGAUCUGAGCUGCAGCGCACAGAAGAGCAGAGUCUUGACCCUUACCAGCGACCCCCAAGUGAUCCCUAUAGAAACCCUGUUGACCUGCAGAGAGCGCAAGAAUCAAAUUUACAACAAUUAGCCUCCAAUGCGCAACGUCUUGUGUCUGAUCUACAACGUCUUCAGUCAGAUCCACAACGGCUUGUAGCAGAGGCUCUACGACCUCAGGUGUCUGAAUCGGUUCGAAGUCCUGAGACUUCAUAUCGUAGCAUAAUGUCUGACCCUCUGAGGCCUCCUUCAGAACCACCACAGCGUACAGUCCAGGAAUCAAUCAGAAGUCAUGCAGAUGCACAGCGCAUGGUACAGGAGAGUCUCAGAGAAUACUUUAGCCCUUCCCAAAGGACCAUGCAAGAAAAUCUGCGGUCCCCAACUGACCAAAGAAUGAUGCCUGAAAAUUUGCGUUAUCCCUCAAGUGAGAGUCUUCGAUCUGACCCACUGAGAUAUGGCACAGACCUAAGUAAUCAAAGGAUGAUGCCAGAAAACUUAAGAGUCGGAAAUGAAACUCCUCAGCACAUUCGAGUUGGAGCAGAAACCCCACAACAUGUACGCGUAGGGGCUGAAACUCCGCAGCAUAUCCGUGUGGGAGCAGAAACACCACAGCACCUACGUGUAGGGGCCGAGACUCCUCAACAUCUGCGAGUUGGAGCUGAGACUCCACAACACCAGCAUUCACAGCACUUGCGAGUAGGGGCAGAAACUCCACAACACAUGCGUAUAGAAGAAAACUCUCAACACAUGAGGCUAAGUGGAGACACUCCUCAGCAUCUACGAGUAGGUUCUGAUAUACAGCAGCAUCACCGCUCUGGUGUAGAAACAAGUCAGCAUGUUAGAGUAGGUGAAACAUCACAUCACCUUCGUGUUGGUGCAGAGACCCCACAGCCCCAUCCCAUGAUGCCAGAGAAUCUCAGGGUGACCUCUGAUGCGUCACGAAUGGUCCCAGAAAACCUUUGUGUGACUGAACCAUCUCAUCAGCUAAUGCCUGAAAAUCUGCGAAUAAAUCAUGACAGUGGAAGCAAUUCCACAGGGGUAAGAAUGAACCCCCCACCACCUCCAGAGUCAUCCAUUCCUCCUAUGCGUUCACACUAUGAUCCUCCCUCUCAUCGAAUGAUGACAGAAUCUCCACACCCUAUGAGGGAAUCAAUGCGAGUGGAGUCCCCACGCUACUCAGAAUCAAUGUACCGUGGAGACUUGAGCCAUAGCAGCCUUGGCCCCCCAACUCCUGCUUCAUCUGUAACACCCAUGCCUGAUCCUUCAAGUGCACCACUUCCUCCACAACAUCAGUUUUAUAGCAGCCCAUACAACACCCAAUUUUCCCAGUACAUAAGUGAUAGCCAGGACCGAGACCAUCGAGAGAAUCUUGGAUUGGAUGAUGAUAUGGAAGUCAAGCCAUACCAUGAUAUUAAGCCUUAUAACCAGGAUUAUGCUACUUCAAUGCUUGUCCAUGAGGCACAGAUGGGCUCUGCUCCAAAGCCACCAAAACCCAAAAAACCUAAAGAACCUAAACCUCCACGUAUACCUGUCAUUCAUAAGUGCAAUGAAUGUGAAAAGGUCUUUAAGAACAGCACUCAGUUGAAGAACCACAUGUGGAGGCACACAGGAGAGAAGCCCUUUACAUGUGAGGUUUGUGGCUCAAAAUUUACCCAACAAGGUAAUCUUCGGGCUCAUAGGCGUAUUCACACAGGUGAGAGGCCAUACCAAUGCCCAGAGUGCAAAUCUUGCUUUACUCAGUUGUCAACACUUAAAACCCAUCAGAAAAUUCAUUCAGAUGAAAGGCCAUACAAGUGUGACCAAUGUGAUGCAGCUUUUAGACAGAUUGCCAACCUCAAAACUCAUGCUGUAACUCACACUGGUGAAAGGCCACAUAAAUGUGAUCAGUGUGAUAAAGCUUUCACACAAAAGUCAAAUCUUAAAGCCCAUAAAAACAGAGUACAUAGCGGAGAAGCUGGAACCCCAACAAGGAGAGGAAGGAAAAAAAAUCCAAGUGCAAUCAAACCAUAUAACUGCUUGGAAUGUGGGGCAAAAUUCACCAUGAUGAGCAACUUACGAAUUCAUAUGAAACUGCACUCGGGGGAAAGACCAUUUGAAUGUGAUCAUUGUGGAGCGGGAUUUGCCCAGCGAUCCAACCUUAAGACCCACAUCCAAAGGAUGCACGGGAAAGGGCCAGGACAAGGUAGGCGUAGAAUCAAAUGCGAUGAAUGUCCAGCCAUGUUUAGAUUAAAAAGAUGCCUUAAAACACACAAAAAGAAACGCCACCCCAUUAAGAGCUUGAAAAUCAAGAUUUUGAGGGAGUCUAAAUAUUUGAUGCAAUCAGAAGAGCCAGCAGAGGGAGAAAAUGAGGAUGAAUUUGAGGAUGAUGAUGAGGAUGAUGACUUAGACGAUGGCACUGAAGAUGGUGAUGAGGGAACCGAAGAUGGCCCUAAUCUAGAACCUAUUGUACAGUUACAAGAACCCAAGGAGGAGCCAUAUUCACCUGGCUAUAAUCAUCCAGACUCUCCCUAUGGUGACGAUCCUGAAUGGCAAAAGGAAAUAGCAGCAAAAGAAAGCAUUAGGCUUGAGAAGGCACAUGGGGAAAAUGGAAACAGGGGAGUCGAGAAGAUGGAUCUCCCCACGGGUCCUGUUGAAGCAGAAUCAAAAGCUCUCUCUGGAGAGUCACAUGAAGCAUCUGUAAGUGUGAAGUGACAAGCUUAACUUCCAGUGAGCACUGUAAAACCCAGCCUGAAAAGUCUCUUAAGCUUUCCCAUAUAUCAGUUGAGAUGAUACCAUAGUGAGAAUGACAGGGUUGGUACAGAAGCAGUUUACUGGCUUUUACAGGCCUCAGAAGAAAAAUAAGUUGGCAAAUCACAGCACAUUUUAAAAUACGCAUAUAAAUAUAUAAAUUCACCAGCAUUGUGUUGUGGAGUUUCUGGUUGUGGUGGUCAGGAGGACAGGUGGCUGCAGCAGAGGUCAGAACUCGAUCCUCGUUUGUUCGACUUACUCCUUUCAAGAGAGACAGGAGUGAUUAUAUCACCUCUGGAGAUGUUUGGACACAUUUUACUGAAUGCAAGAAAUAAUCAAAGACUAAAAUCCCUUAUGCCUUUAAGGGGAAAACUGCAGAGUAUUUCACUUUUGUACUUAUUCACACGCUAAAUUGUUAAGGAUAUAUGUAACGAAGUGUUUCUCACAAGGUACCAAAACUAUUUCAGUACAUUAUUUGUAAGUUGCCAUUGUUCUUGCCCACAUAUUUUAGGAGAUUGUAAGUGAAAUGUUCCUCUUUCUAUUUUUCUCAAUGGGGAAAAGGUCGAACAAGCGAGACGGGGUGUAAAUAGUUUGUUGUGAGAGACCCUUCAGCGUUAGUGAACAGGAUGGCUGUCCUAGCUCCUGGUAACAGCUUUAAUAGACCCUGAAGUUUUACCAUGACCAUCCAUCUGGAUGCCAGAUGGCCACGUAUUACGCUUUCUUCCAACUUGCAGUAUAUGAGGCAUAACUCAAGUCAUGUAGCCAUCUUGUGUUUCAGGUUGUGGUCAUAUUAGCUUUAGGGUAUUUGAUCUGAUGGCUUUAGAAUGAAUGGUUGAAAGUUGUGUGUGCUGUGUUUUGAUAACACACACUCAGAGCUUCAUGUCAGGGGCUGGAGUAAAAACCUCCAGCUGCAAGGAUGGUAGGCAAUAGUAUGUCAAAUUUUAACCAAGAAAUCCAAAGUGAGAAGUAGAGUGACCAUAUAUUGCCAUAUAUUAAUUAGAUAUAUCGGUGGUCGUUAGUUAAGAUUUUAGUCAGAUAUUAAGCUUGGACGAUCAGCAGAAUGAAUGCAUGAGGAGUAUGGGUCAGUGCUCCCAUGCCCCAUUUCAUGUAAGGUUUGUGACAAAGUCAAUGCAUCCUUAUAGGGGAGGCUCACUAGGGCUCGGCUACCCACUGCUACUCAGGGAAGGUUGAUCCUCGAUGACACUCCGUCUUACAGUCAGUAAAACACAAGAUUGCGUUGUUCACCAGAGACUGAGAAGUGAGACUAAAGUUAAGACAAAGGCUUUACUAAGAACAUUAUAAAUAUUCUGUUACCAGGUCAGUGCCAAGAGGUCUUUAUAUAGAGUAGGUAAGAUAAACUGGAUGUCUAGUCUUUGGCCUUACUUCUCGAGGUGUAUCAGACGCCAUUAUUAUAUCCAGUUUUUGGCUCCUUGUAAUGGAGAUAUAUCAUUCAGAUUGAGAACUAAAUAGAUGUCAUUCCAUAUAUCAUGUACUUUUAACAGAAUACCUAGGCUUUCCACCAGGGUGACUCUACCAUUAGAAAAUUGUGACACAGAUACACCGGGCUUCCUCAUGAUAUUACCACCUCACUAGGAAAUGUAGUCAUCUGAAGAAACAUAUUUUCCCUCAGGGAAAACAGUAGUUAAAUACAGUAGAAGAAGCAAUUAUUUUUGCCUUUUAGACCGGGGAUGUGUUCCCUCCAGCAUUUGUUGAGGGUGAAUUUAUCUAUAGAUCAUUCCUCUAGGUGGAUAAGCUGUUAUCAUAUCUCAUAUAAAACACUGCUUAUAUUCAUAAUGGCUAUCAUAAUCUCAUGUAUUGGCUUCAUCAUUGUACCUCCAUUUUUCAACACAAGUCAACAUAUCCAGGACUUUCAAGAAGCGAAUAAUUUAGUGUUUGAGAGCUGCAGGCGGUGUUGUAGCACGUGGGGCCACGUGCGACUUUGAGGCAGAGUUGAUGGUGAGAGACGGGUCCCCCAAGCUCUGAACAACUGACCCUGACACAUUUUUGGAUGCAAUUUGCUGGUUUCACCUUCUAAGUGUCUUUCCUCUGUCUAUACUUGGACAAAUUUUUCAUAAUUUAAGGUUUUGACUUUUACUGUGCAAAAAUUUAGAACCCCCUAGUACCUGUAAGACUUUAGAAUCUAAAAUGAAACUGCAUAUGCAAUGCCUCUUUAUUACUUUAUAUUAUUAGUAAGAUUAUAGCGUGUAGAACUGAUAGCAUUCAUAUAUAUUAUUCAACCCUAUAUAGUGGCUGCCUCCUGUGAGGUCUUCUUGUUUGAAGAGUUUUGCAUGCCUGUGUUUGUAGAGAUGGAUAACGGCCUCUGAGAUUAUUUGAGUGUGUCUGCUGUGUGUGUUUAUUGCGAGUAGUUUCUUUUAGGGGAGAAAUUGACUGUGGGGUCGUCCGGUCUGCCAUACAUGACAAUUUACUUUAUUACCUGAUGACAACUUUAGCUUAAAACUAUGGAUACAAGAUCUGGUUUUUAGUAUUACCACAUGUAGUCUUUGGCAGGUAACACACCAAUGCUGAAGGUUUUAUAACUUUAAACAGAGUAUCAUUAAGUAAUAAUUUGAAGACUGAAUCAAACGGUCUAGAUAACGUAUACGGUGCAUCAUACUGUUGCCAUACAUAGUCUUGUCAUGCCAGUAACUUACAACAGCAAUUUACUUUUUAAGUUGUUGCCAGAUUUUGAGUACUGGACAUCUGAAGUAUUAAUGCAACAUUAAACUGCAAAUUUUAGGCCAUCAUGGUCUCACAAAAUGCUUGUAGAAUAGGUAAAAUCUGUACAUUUCUGGCAGACAUAUGUUUUUGUUGUUGUAGGGUUAUGGUAA